GCUCUUGUGUCUUGUAGGCCUAACUAACUAUUAGUGUAUUUAUUACUAAUAAUAUUAAAAUGUUUUUAAAUAAUUGUAACUUAAGAAAUAGUUAGCUUAUAGGUUAGGUUAGGUUUGUCUGUUGUCCCUACUGGGACAUAGUUAGCUUAUAAACAUAAAAAAAUGGGUGGCAGAGGAAGAGGCAGAGGGCGGGGUAUGUCCAUCAAUAUAGAAGCACUUGGUUUAGGACGAGGAGAAAUUUUACCAACUGUUGCACACCCGCCCCCUCUUUAUCCUCCUUUAAUGUACAAGCCAGUGCCUUUAUCUCAAAGUGAUGAUAUGGAUUACAUGUUGGCACUGAAGCAAGAGUUGAGAGAGUCAUUCCACAAAUCUCCUUGUUAUAUCAAAGCACCUAAUAAAAUAAAAGACAUAGAAAGAUAUUCGGAUAAAUACCAGCUUGGUACAACUGAUUCUAUGCCUGGCUGGUCACCAGACUGGUCACGGUUUCCUGCUGAAUUACAAGAACGAGUGAAGAGAAAGAAACCUGUAGCAGGCGCUAGAAACACAGCCAAACUUCCAAAGUUAUCCAGAGAUGAAGAUGUAUCCAAGUUACUGGAGAAACUUGAACAAGGUGAUGCCAAGACAGAAAAUCUAGAAGACAUAGAAGCUCAUGAGGAAGGGGAUGAUGAAGAGAAGAAGACAGAAAAAGAAGAAGGAGAUGAGGAUGAUGAAGAGGAACUUGAUGAUGAAGAAAUAGAAGAGGAAACAGAUUAUAACUUGGAUUAUUUUGAUAAUGGAGAAGGAUACGGUGAUGAUGAUGAAGACGAUGAUGAAGGACCAACAUAUUAACUGGCAUCUCAUUAUCAAGGAUUGUUGUUGACUAGCUCAUGAUGUGUGUGGUGUGAAUAUUGGACAUGUUGCAUAGCUGAGUAGAGUGGACUGAAGUAAAUCUGUUUUGGUUGAUUGUAAAUACAUUUUUGUUGUUUUACUUAAGAAAUAAAAGCUACCUAAUGUGA